ACAAUGAGCCGACAAACAAAAAUGUUCGGCGAGAAAGCCUUCGACCUGCUAAAAGAACUGGAGAGAUCGUCGCAGACAAUUCCCGCCUUCGACGACGAUGGGGUGCGCCAGGUGCUGGAGGAGAUCAAGGCGAUAUUCGAGGAGAACGUGGCCCAGGCCUCCAGCUACAAUGCUUCCGGGGAUCGCAGUCUGUGGCCCCUGCUCAACUUCAGGCACGCAGCUCUCCAGAGGAACAAGAGGUGCCUGCUGGCCUACCUAUACGAGCGGUGCAGGAGGAUCAAGGCCCUCAGGUGGGAGUUUGGACCCAUUAUCCCCGGGGACAUCAAGCAGGCACUCUGCGAACCGGAGGUCACCUUCUUCAACAACUACUCCAAGUCCCUGGCUGCCUACAUGUGCAGUGCGGGCUACAACCAGGGCUUGCCCAUUGAUCUAACCAACAAUCUGCGUCCGCCCAAGUCACUUUACAUCGAGGUGCGCUGCAUGGAGGACUAUGGGAAGUUCGAGCUGGACGACGGCGAGGUGAUCCACCUGAAGAAGAACAGCCAGCACUAUCUGCCCCGAGCUCAGGUGGAGUCUCUCGUGAGGCAGGGCAUUCUUCACCACAUAGCCUAGUCGGGAUUAUUUGAUAAUAAGAGUUUACUAUACAUAUUUAAUGGUUUAAUGUAGAACAAAUAAAAGAUAAAAAAUUAUUU